AUGGCAACGUCAAGAACAACAAUAAAUGAUUCUACGGUAAAUCUCAAGUGUGAUCAAUGUGUAUUGAAUAAGCCUAUUAAAGAAGAAUUUACACAAAUACACCAUACUGAAGACCAAUUACAGAAUGGGUGUGAUCAAGACAUAUCAAAUGUAUUUAUUAAAGAAGAAUUUACACAAAUAGACCAUUUUAAUGACCAAUUACAGAUUGGAACUAUAUGUGAAGCUGAAGAAAAAGUAAAGACAACUGAUACAGAAAUUAAAGUUGAAAAAGAUUUCAUAGAGUGUUUUGUUUUUCAAGGAUCAGUUGAUAGUGAAAGCCAAGAAUCAGAAUUCAUUCCUCGUUCGAUUCCUCAUAAAAAAACUAAAAUUACAUCAAGAGCAAAGGUACACAAGAAAACACAAAGUCGAGAAAAACCACAUAAAUGUGAUUUUUGCAAACAAAGAUUUUCUUACCCAUGUCAUUUAAAAAGUCAUACUAGGAAACACACCGGAGAACGACCAUUUGAGUGUAAUACCUGUGGUAAACGGUAUGUUCGAAACAGCCAUUUAAAACGCCACAUGAAUACACAUACACCCGAAAGUAUUUAUAAAUGCGUCAUUUGUCCCAAAAAGUUUUGUUAUAAGAAUUCAAUGGUUAAUCAUAUGAAAAUGCACACUGGAGAUUGGACAUUUGAAUGUGAUAUCUGUGGUAAACGGUCUCUAGAUUAUAAUGUGUAA